CGAAGUUUCGCUUUUCAAGUUUAUAUUACGCAUUUUCGCUAAAAAAUAUAGAUUAAUUACUAUUUUCUUGCAAGGGUUUGGAGAAGUUACUAUCAUAAAUUAUAUAUUUAUUCCAUUGUGAUUAUGGAAGAGAUAUCGGACACACUGUAUAAGUUGAAUCUUGGCAUCAAAGAGAAUAAAACGUCUCCAGAAAUUCAAAAAAUUCUAACGACAAUAAAUAAGCAGCUAUCUGCAGAAGGAUGUGAUAAAAAGUCUGUUGUUGACUAUCUGAUAAAAAAUGGUAUUGUUGAUACAUUUUGUCUCAUCUUAAAGUCGAGAGAACGUUUUUCAGCUUCUACAUUUGCCUUAGUGGCAGAAAUUCUUGCUGAAGUAGCCAAACUAGAUAGUGGAAGGCUAAAUUGCAGUGAUGCAGCUGUGAUAGUACCUCUUUUGGAACUUUUGUCAAAUAAUGAUUCAAAUGUUGUACUCCAAGUAUGUCGUGCAUUGGGAAACAUAUGUUACGAUAAUGAUCUUGCUCGUAGUUUAGUCAAAGAACAUAAUGGUGUUGAUCGCCUUAUUCAGUUGCUGAGAAAUCUUUUGGAGAAAGAAAAUCUCCCAGACAACAUGCGUACCAUAACAUCGGGUUGUUUGCUGAAUCUUACAGACACUUACGAAGAAAUUCAAGAGCAAGCUGUGGAAGCAGGAAUUUUGGAUGUGCUAUUGCAGUAUCUUUUAAAAUUUAGUUCUGAUGAAGAUGUUGUAACUCACUGUCUUUUGGUUCUGAGCUGCCUAGCUGACAGCAGUAAUGGUCGUGCCAAAAUACUAGAGAAAUCUGUCUUGUCCUCUCUGUUAAAUUUACUGGAAAAACCUUUAAAUGAUGAUAUCAUGGAUUCGUUGCUGGAAUUAUUUGGAAACUUGUGUGAAAAUGAUUCUGCAAAGCUCAGUUUAGCUGAAAUGGGGCUUUGUGAAAGACUAGUUGAAAUUGUGAGAAAACAUUUGAAUGCUGGAAGUGUUGUAAAUGGGACAUUCAAUAUUUGCAAGACUGUACCAGAUUUAGUAAUUCUUAUUCUUACAGGUGAUGCAAGCAUGGAGCAUUUGUGGAAAGAUGGUGAUGGUGUCGUCUACAAAGAAACCUUAUCCUGGUUGAAAAGCAAUGACGAUAAUCUCAUGAUUGCUGGCGCUUUAGCUGCUGGAAAUUUUGCACGAAAAGAUAGUCACUGUAUUAAAAUGCUUUCUGAUGGAAUUGUGGAAGAGCUGAGGUCUCUUCUUGAAAAACAUUCUGGUAAAGAUGGAGACAUAAGAAUGCAGCAUGCUGUGUUGUCAGCCUUACGUAAUUUGGCCAUUCCCGCUCAAAACAAAGCUGCAAUGGUGAAAUUGGGUGUAGUUUCGAAAUUAGUUGACAUGAUGAGUGUAGAAACUUUUCCAGUGGUUUUCAAACUUCUUGGCACUUUGAGAAUGUUGCUUGAUAAACAAGAAAAUGUAGCUAUUACUGUUGGAGAUAAUCUUGAGUUUGUGAAAAGGCUUGUUGGAUGGUGUAGUGUUGAAGAUCAUCCAGGAGUGAAGGGUGAAGCUACAAGAUUACUUGCCUGGUUGGCGAAAAACUCGAAGGCUUCUUCAGUUAUGAAAAAUUUAGUUGCAGCGAAGGCUUUACCUCCUAUAAUUUCAAUGAUGAAAUCUGAACACAUAGUUAUGCAGAAUGAAGCAUUAGUAGCUAUUACCCUAGUUGCCUCAUGCUGUCUUUCUGAUGUGGAAGAAAUUUCUGCAUCAACUGAUUUGAUCAAUGUGCUUUAUCAAGUCAUGGGUAGUGACAUUAUUGUUCCAGAACUUACACAGAACGCAUUGACUCUACUUAUUGUGCUUUCAAAUUCUGCUAAACUGAGGUCUGUGAUCAAUAGUACACCAAUACGCUCAGACCUGAAAGCUUUAAAAAACCACAGUGAUGAAAAAAUCAAAGAAUUAACUGAAAAAGCUCUGCAACAACUGGAGGUGAUCAAUUAA